AGGAAGUAGCAGCAUCCUCAGAUUAGAUCGCUGUUCGUCGUUUCUCUUUCGCAAAAAAGAGAAUCUCUCUCUCUCUCUACCUUUCUCUUCUUCUUCUUCUUCUUCUUCUUCUCUGCUCUGCCCUCAGAUCUCGCUGCGAUUUUCGGAGCUUCCGCAGUGUCUCCUCACCUUGCUCCUCUCUCUCGGCCGUGGAUCUGAUUCCCUCUCCGUUACGCUGAUUCACGCGCCGUCGAUCCGAGGUCAACAUGGCGGCUGCGAACGCUCCCAUCACCAUGAAGGAGGUCCUAACGCUUCCGAGCAUUGGGAUCAAUCAACAAUUCAUCACGUUUACAAACGUUACUAUGGAAUCUGACAAGUAUAUAUGUGUAAGAGAGACGGCGCCUCAGAACAGUGUUGUAAUUAUAGAUAUGAAUAUGCCGAUGCAGCCUCUGAGGAGGCCUAUCACUGCAGAUUCUGCGCUCAUGAACCCAAACUCAAGAAUCCUUGCCUUGAAAGCUCAACUUCCGGGAACCAGUCAAGAUCAUCUACAGAUCUUUAACAUUGAGGCCAAAGCAAAAUUGAAAUCACAUCAGAUGCCUGAAUCGGUUGUCUUUUGGAAGUGGAUUACCCCAAAAAUGUUGGGGCUGGUCACACAAACUUCCGUGUAUCAUUGGUCAAUUGAAGGCGACUCUGUGCCAGUGAAGAUGUUUGACCGGACUGCCAAUUUGUCAAAUAAUCAGAUUAUUAACUAUAAAAUCUCUCCUAAUGAGAAGUGGUUGGUUUUGAUUGGAAUUGCUCCUGGCUCUCCUGAGAGGCCACAAUUGGUAAAGGGGAACAUGCAGCUUUUCUCCGUUGAUCAGCAGCGGAGUCAGGCCCUCGAAGCACAUGCUGCAUCGUUUGCUCAGUUUAAGGUCCUUGGAAAUGAGAAUCCUUCUACUCUUAUAUCCUUCGCAACCAAGACUUUUAAUGCUGGACAGAUCAUAUCAAAGUUGCAUGUCAUUGAGCUUGGUGCCCAACCAGGAAAACCAUCAUUCACAAAAAAGCAGGCAGAUCUCUUUUUCCCCCCGGACUUUGCUGAUGAUUUUCCUGUAGCCAUGCAGAUCUCUCACAGAUACAGUUUGAUAUACGUCAUUACCAAGCUUGGGCUGUUGUUUGUAUAUGAUCUAGAGUCUGCUGCUGCUGUAUACAGAAAUCGGAUAAGUCCAGACCCAAUUUUCUUGACAGCAGAAGCUUCCUCACUUGGGGGUUUCUAUGCCAUUAAUAGGCGAGGACAAGUUCUUUUGGCUACUGUAAAUGAUGCUACUAUAAUUCCUUUCAUAAGCGGUCAAUUGAACAACCUGGAGCUUGCUGUCAAUCUUGCUAAAAGAGGAAACCUGCCUGGUGCAGAGAAUUUAGUUGUCCAGCGUUUCCAGGAGCUUUUUGCUCAAACAAAGUACAAGGAGGCUGCUGAGCUUGCUGCUGAAUCUCCUCAGGGGAUUCUCAGGACACCUGAUACAGUUGCCAAAUUCCAGAGUGUUCCUGUCCAAGCUGGACAAACUCCUCCGCUGUUGCAAUAUUUUGGGACUCUUUUGACCAGAGGAAAGCUCAAUGCAUUUGAGUCAUUGGAAUUGUCUCGGCUUGUGGUGAAUCAAAACAAGAAGAACCUUUUGGAGAACUGGUUGGCUGAGGAUAAGUUAGAAUGCAGCGAGGAACUUGGUGACCUUGUCAAAACUGUGGAUAAUGAUCUUGCUCUGAAAAUAUACAUCAAAGCUAGAGCUACCCCAAAAGUUGUUGCAGCUUUUGCUGAGCGAAGGGAGUUUGACAAAAUACUGAUAUACUCGAAGCAGGUUGGGUACACACCUGAUUAUCUGUUUCUUCUGCAAACCAUACUUCGCACAGAUCCUCAGGGAGCUGUAAAUUUCGCGCUGAUGAUGUCUCAAAUGGAAGGAGGUUCCCCAGUUGAUUACAACACCAUCACUGACCUUUUUCUUCAGAGAAAUUUGAUCCGUGAAGCAACAGCUUUUCUUCUGGAUGUGUUGAAGCCAAAUUUACCUGAGCAUGCUUUUCUGCAAACUAAGGUGCUAGAGAUCAACUUGGUAACCUUUCCUAAUGUGGCUGAUGCAAUUUUAGCCAACGGGAUGUUCAGCCACUAUGAUCGUCCUCGUAUUGCUCAGCUUUGUGAAAAGGCUGGGCUUUAUAUCCAAGCGUUAAAGCAUUACUCAGAAUUGCCUGAUAUUAAGCGUGUAAUUGUGAACACACAUGCUAUUGAGCCUCAGGCUCUUGUCGAGUUUUUUGGUACUCUUUCUCGUGAGUGGGCCCUGGAAUGCAUGAAGGAUCUUCUGCUGGUCAAUCUUAGAGGCAACCUUCAGAUAAUUGUCCAGACCUGCAAGGAGUAUUGUGAGCAACUUGGUGUUGAUGGAUGCAUCAAACUCUUUGAGCAAUUUAAGUCAUAUGAAGGAUUGUACUUUUUCCUGGGUUCAUAUCUGAGUAUGAGUGAGGAUCCUGAUAUUCACUUCAAGUACAUUGAAGCUGCUGCAAAAACUGGGCAAAUAAAGGAGGUUGAGCGUGUGACUAGAGAGUCUAACUUUUAUGACCCUGAAAAGACCAAAAAUUUUUUGAUGGAAGCUAAGCUUCCCGAUGCCCGACCCUUGAUUAAUGUCUGUGAUCGUUUUGGCUUCGUUCCGGAUCUCACUCAUUACCUCUACACGAACAACAUGCUUCGUUACAUUGAAGGUUACGUCCAGAAGGUGAACCCUGGGAAUGCUCCCUUAGUCGUGGGACAGCUGCUUGAUGACGAAUGCCCUGAAGAUUUUAUCAAAGGUCUCAUUCUCUCUGUUCGUUCAUUGCUUCCUGUUGAACCCCUUGUGGAGGAGUGCGAGAAGAGAAAUCGACUUCGUCUCCUCACUCAGUUCUUGGAGCAUCUAGUUAGUGAGGGAAGCCAAGAUGUGCAUGUCCAUAAUGCAUUGGGUAAAAUCAUCAUCGACAGCAAUAACAACCCAGAGCAUUUCCUGACAACCAACCCUUACUAUGACUCUCGGGUUGUGGGUAAGUACUGCGAGAAACGUGAUCCUACCCUGGCAGUUGUUGCGUACAGAAGAGGACAAUGUGAUGAUGAACUCAUCAACGUCACCAACAAGAACUCUUUGUUCAAACUGCAAGCCAGGUAUGUAGUGGAGAGGAUGGAUGCUGAGCUUUGGGAGAAGGUUCUUGACCCAGAGAAUGCUUAUAGAAGACAGCUUAUUGACCAAGUUGUUUCUACUGCUUUACCUGAAAGCAAGAGCCCAGAACAAGUUUCUGCAGCUGUUAAAGCGUUCAUGACAGCCGAUCUGCCCCAUGAGCUUAUUGAGCUUCUUGAGAAGAUUGUGCUUCAAAAAUCGGCAUUCAGUGGAAACUUCAAUCUGCAGAACCUGCUUAUACUGACAGCUAUUAAAGCGGAUCCAUCAAGAGUUAUGGAUUACAUUAAUAGGCUGGAUAACUUUGAUGGACCAGCUGUUGGAGAAGUGGCCGUUGAAGCCCAAUUGUAUGAGGAAGCAUUUGCUAUUUUCAAGAAGUUUAACUUAAACGUUCAGGCCGUCAAUGUGUUGCUGGACAACAUCAGAAGCAUUGAACGUGCCGUUGAGUUUGCUUUCCGGGUUGAGGAAGAUGCCGUUUGGAGUCAAGUUGCAAAAGCUCAACUCCGGGAAGGACUAGUCAGCGAUGCCAUCGAGUCUUUCAUCCGGGCCGAUGACACCACUCAAUUCCUGGAAGUAAUCCGUGCCUCCGAGGAUGCUAAUGUCUAUCCCGACUUGGUUAGAUACCUUCUGAUGGUGAGACAAAAGGUGAAAGAACCCAAGGUUGACAGUGAGCUCAUCUAUGCAUACGCAAAGAUUGAUAGAUUGGGUGAGAUCGAAGAAUUCAUUCUGAUGCCAAAUGUUGCUAAUCUACAAAAUGUCGGUGACCGCUUGUUUGACGAAGCUCUAUAUGAGGCUGCAAAAAUAAUCUACGCGUUUAUAUCGAACUGGGCCAAGUUAGCAGUCACACUCGUGAGGUUGCAACAGUUCCAGAGCGCUGUUGACGCUGCAAGGAAAGCAAACAGCGCAAAGACAUGGAAGGAAGUCUGCUUUGCUUGUGUUGAUGCAGAGGAAUUCCGUUUGGCUCAGAUCUGUGGUCUCAACAUUAUCAUACAGGUUGAUGACCUGGAAGAAGUGAGUGAGUACUACCAGAACAGGGGAUGCUUCAAUGAAUUAAUCUCACUUAUGGAGAGUGGACUAGGGCUUGAACGCGCACACAUGGGCAUCUUCACCGAAUUGGGUGUAUUGUAUGCUAGAUAUCGUCCCGAGAAACUCAUGGAACACAUCAAGUUGUUCUCAACUCGCCUCAAUAUCCCCAAGCUUAUACGAGCCUGUGAUGAGCAACAGCACUGGAUGGAACUCACCUAUCUGUAUAUUCAAUAUGACGAGUUCGAUAAUGCUGCGACCACUGUCAUGAACCAUUCUCCUGAAGCAUGGGACCACAUGCAAUUCAAAGACAUCGUUGUCAAGGUCGCAAAUGUUGAGCUGUACUACAAGGCCGUUCACUUCUACUUGCAAGAGCACCCUGAUAUCAUCAACGAUAUGCUCAAUGUGCUCGUUCUUCGAUUGGAUCACACUCGCGUCGUCGACAUUAUGCGAAAGGCCGGUCACUUACGUCUUAUCAAGCCAUACAUGGUGGCAGUUCAGAGCAACAACGUAUCUGCCGUGAAUGAAGCCCUGAAUGAGAUAUACGUGGAAGAAGAAGACUAUGAUCGGUUGCGUGAAUCUAUCGAUUUGCACGACAGCUUCGACCAAAUUGGCCUUGCCCAGAAGAUCGAGAAACAUGAGCUUCUGGAAAUGAGACGUGUUGCGGCUUAUAUCUACAAGAAGGCAGGUAGGUGGAAGCAGUCGAUUGCUUUGUCGAAGAAAGACAACAUGUACAAGGACUGCAUGGAAACAGCUUCACAAUCCGGUGACCGUGAACUAGCGGAAGAGCUGCUGGUUUAUUUCAUCGAACAGGGUAAAAAGGAAUGCUUUGCGACGUGCCUGUUUGUCUGUUACGAUUUGAUCCGACCAGAUGUUGCUUUAGAACUCGCAUGGAUCAACAAAAUGAUCGACUUCGCCUUCCCCUAUCUCCUACAGUUUAUAAGGGAAUACACGGGAAAAGUAGACGAACUCAUAAAGGACAAGAUAGAGGCGCAAAACGAUGUCAAGGCCAAAGAACAGGAAGAGAAGGAUGUCAUCGCUCAACAGAACAUGUACGCCCAACUACUGCCACUGGCACUACCAGCCCCGCCAAUGCCGGGAAUGGGAGGAGGGUUCGCUCCGCCACCGCAUAUGGGUGGAAUGACGGGAAUGCCCCCAAUGCCACCAUUUGGCAUGCCUCCCAUGGGAAGCUACUAAAAAUAUAUACCAGCUCCACACGACGGCGAUUCAUAGACAAAUCAGAAAUCUACCCCUUCAGAGAGUCUUUAUUUUGUAUUCUUUAUUAUCAUUAAUUAUUAUCAAAGAAACGCCCCUCCAGAAAUCUACGUUCCAUGUCCAUGGGUAUGUGUGAUUUUUUUUUUUUUUGCACUCUUUUAUUUUGUUUGUAAUGUGUUGUGUCUACGGGGGACCGUGAUGGGAUGAAAGGUGUUGUGGGAAUAAUGUCAUCCCUCUUUUUUUUUUCCCUCGUGAGUUAUUCAAAGUUCCACUUUGUAAUGUUCUUUUGGGUAGAAACUGCAUGGCAGUUGUUUUUUUGGGUUCCAUCUGCUGCUAUUGAAGUCAUGUCUUUUGGACUGUUUGUAUUUCAUCCUUACAUUGGGUUUUUUGUGUAAUCGAGCCAUAAGCCUGCCUA